AGGUGGCGCGGGCCCUGGUGUACUUCGUCUCGCUCAUGUACAUGUUCAUCGGCGUGUCCAUCAUCGCCGACCGCUUCAUGGCCGCCAUCGAGGUCAUCACGUCGCAGGAGAAGGAGGUGACCCUCACCAUGCCCAACGGGGAGACGACGGUGGCGACGGUGCGGAUCUGGAACGAGACGGUGUCCAACCUGACGCUGAUGGCCCUGGGCUCCAGCGCCCCCGAGAUCCUGCUGUCCGUCAUAGAGGUGUGCGGCCAUGAGUUCCACGCGGGGGAGCUGGGCCCGGGCACCAUCGUGGGCAGCGCCGCCUUCAACAUGUUUGCGAUCCUGGCCAUCUGCGUGUGGGUGAUCCCCGAGGGCCAGACCCGCAAGAUCAAGCACCUGCGCGUCUUCUUCAUCACCGCCUUCUGGAGCAUCUUCGCCUACAUCUGGCUCUUCCUCAUCCUGUCCGUCAUCUCCCCCGGCGUGGUCGAGGUGUGGGAGGCCCUGGUCACCCUGCUCUACUUCCCCGUGUGCGUCCUGCUGGCGUGGAUCGCCGACCGCCGCCUGCUCUUCUACAAGUACAUGGGCAAGCGUUACCGCGCCGACAAGCGCCAUGGCAUCGUCGUGGAAACGGAAGGCGACCUCACACCCACCAAGGGCGGCAUGGAGCUGAGCCUGGACGGGAAGUUCCCGCCACGCGGGGGCGUGGUGGUUCCCGCGGGCAACGGGGCGGCGUAUGACGGCGCUGCGGCCGGGGCAGGGGGCGCCAUGGCGACCGCAUCCGGCGGCAACAUCCCAAUCUCCAACAGCACCUUGGUGAUCAUGGAGAACGCCAAGGAGCUGGACGACAGUCGCAGGGAGGUCAUCCGGAUCCUGAAGGAGCUGAAGCAGAAGUACCCGGACAAGGAGCUGGACCAGCUGGUGGAGCUGGCCAACUACUACGCCCUGCUGCACCAGCAGAAGAGCAGGGCCUUCUACCGCAUUCAGGCCACGCGCAUGAUGAUCGGCGCGGGCAACGUGCUGAAGAGGCACGCGGCGGACCAGUCCCGGCGGGCGGUGGUGGUGGACGAGGAGCUGGUGGUGGACGAUGACCUGGAGCUGUGCAGCCGGCUGGCCUUCGAGAGCGCCCACAGCCAGUGCAUGGAGAACUGUGGGGUGCUGACCCUCGCGGUGGUGUGCCAAGGCGGCCUGGGGGAGAGCACCUUCUACGUGGACUACAGGACGGAGGACGGCUCCGCCAACGCCGGGUCGGACUACGAGUACAGCGAGGGAACCCUCGCCUUCAAACCGGGCGAGACCCGCAAGGAGAUCAAGGUGGGCAUCAUCGACGACGACAUCUUCGAGGAGGACGAGCACUUCUUCGUGCGGCUGCUCAACCUGCGCGUGGGCGACGCCCAGGGCAUGUUCGAGAGCGACGAGGCCGGCGCCGCGCCCAAGGGCCGGCUGGUGGAGCCGCUGGUCGCCACGGUGACCAUCCUGGACGACGACCACGCCGGCAUCUUCACCUUCGGCGACCGCAUGGUGCGCGUCAGCGAGAGCGUGGGCACCAUGGAGGUGACGGUGGUGCGCAACUCGGGCGCCCGCGGCACCGUCGUCCUGCCCUACCACACGGAGGCCGGCACGGCCAAGGGCGGCGAGGACUACGAGGACGCCCGCGGCGAGCUGGAGUUCAACAACGACCAGACCACUCAGACCAUCCUGUUGAGGAUCAUUGAUGAUGAGGAGUAUGAGAAACACGAGAACUUCUUCAUCGUCCUGGAGGAGCCACGCUGGCUCAAGAGAGGAAUCUCAGCUCUGCUGCUCAACCAAGAUGACGACGGCCAGAUGAGUGCGGAGGAGGAGGAGGCCCGCAGGAUAGCUGAGAUGGGGAAGCCCAUCCUGGGGGAGCACAGCCGCCUGGAGGUGGUCAUCGAGGAGUCCUACGAGUUCAAGGUAGCCAAUCACGUGCUCUGUGCCAUAUGUAUAUAUAUAGCCCAGAGCUCUAGCACUGUGGACAAGCUCAUUAAGAAGACCAACCUGGCGCUCGUGAUCGGCACACACUCCUGGAGAGAGCAGUUCGUGGAGGCGGUUACUGUGAGCGCCGGUGAGACCGCUGUGUGCGACGAGGACGAUGACGAGGAGCACCUGCCCUCCUGCCUGGACUACGUCAUGCACUUCAUCACCGUGUUCUGGAAGGUGCUGUUCGCCUGCGUGCCGCCCACCGAGUACUGGAACGGCUGGGCGUGCUUCUGCGUGUCCAUCUCCGUCAUCGGCCUGCUGACCGCCGUCAUCGGGGACCUGGCGUCCCACUUCGGCUGCACCGUGGGCCUCCGCGACUCGGUCACCGCCGUGGUGUUCGUGGCCCUGGGAACCUCCAUCCCGGACACCUUCGCCAGCAAGGUGGCCGCCACGCAGGACCAGCACGCCGACGCGUCCGUGGGCAACGUGACGGGCAGCAACGCGGUCAACGUGUUCCUGGGCAUCGGCGUGGCGUGGUCGGUGGCCGCCAUCUACUGGGCCUCCAAGGGCAUGGAGUUCCGCGUGGACCCGGGCUCCCUGGCCUUCUCCGUCACGCUCUUCACCAUCUUCGCCUUCUUCACCAUGGGCGUGCUGCUGUUCCGGCGCCGGCCCUCCAUCGGCGGGGAGCUGGGCGGGCCCCGCAGCUCGCGCAUCGCCACCAGCCUCCUGUUCAUCGGCCUCUGGUUCCUCUACAUCUUCUUCUCCAGCCUGGAGGCCUACUGCCACAUCAAGGGCUUCUGA